CGCUUCAACAUUCACUGUCAAUAGCGCCAAUCGAAUUGGCCGUAAGUACAAGAAAGUUUUAUACCGCGAAUACACCAGUGCCCAGUUUUCCCAACAGAAAAUGAGAACCGAGGCUGAGAAGCACCUCGGGGUAUUGGGUCCUAUGUUGCACGCUGAAGUUGGAGACACAAUCGAGGUGACGUUUAAGAAUAUGGCCAGAAGAAAUUAUUCCAUGCAUCCACAUGGACUGUAUUACACGAAGAGAAACGAGGGUUCAGAUUAUGAUGAUGACACAUGGCGGGGUGAGAAAAUCGACAACGCAAUUCAUCCCGGUCAAAUCUACACCUACAAAUGGCAAGUUCCUGAACGCGCGGGUCCUGGACCAAAUGGUCCAACCUGUGUCACGUGGGCUUAUUACUCUGACGUCAAUCCUAUAAAAGACAGAAACAGUGGAUUGGUGGGACCGCUAGUCGUAUGCAAAAAGGACACGCUGACAGCAACAAAUUCUAGAAGUGAUGUAGAUCACGAGUUUGCGCUGUUGUUCACGGUCCUGGAAUUGAAUCAAGUAUUUUUCAACAGAAACAUGUCGGUUAUCACCGCGAGGAUGUGUACGAUCUCUUCCCAGGAGUCUUUGCAACCGUGGAGACGAUUCCAGACAGUGUAG